GAGUGGGUGGGAGUGUGGGACACGGGGACGGACGGAGGGAGGAGGGAGGCGGUACGUGCAGAAGUUGUCCAUGUCGGGAGGGCGCACCGCGAGUCCAACCUCUCCACGCUCCGGAGCGCAAAGGAAAAAUGUUGCUCUAAUCUUGAGGCUUCGCAGACGCCUGUAGUGGGUUACUGACAAGACUUCCCUCAUCAGCAUCAUAUUUUAUCCGCAGGGAGCGUCUCCAAGCGUCGAUGUAUCGAUGAAUUUCCCCGGGAAACUAACAAACGUGCUCCUGCUGGUGCUCGUCGCAGCGCAAGACUGCUUUUCAUCUAAAGCGGAGGACAGAUUGUUUCGGAGGUUGUUCCGGAGGUACAACCAGUUCAUCCGACCAGUGGAGAAUGUAUCUGAUCCAGUCACAGUGGAGUUUGAGGUCUCCAUAUCUCAACUGGUCAAAGUGGAUGAGGUGAAUCAGAUUAUGGAAACCAAUCUGUGGCUGAGACAUGUGUGGAAUGACUACAAACUGAGAUGGGCCCCUGUUGAAUAUGAUGGGAUUGAGUUCAUACGAGUUCCCUCCAAUAAGAUUUGGAGGCCAGACAUUGUUCUGUACAACAAUGCCGUAGGUGAUUUCCUUGUAGAGGACAAAACCAAGGCUCUGCUGAAGUUUGAUGGCACCAUCACUUGGAUUCCUCCAGCUAUUUUCAAAUCAUCUUGCCCCAUGGACAUCACCUAUUUCCCCUUUGACUACCAGAACUGUUCUAUGAAGUUUGGCUCCUGGACGUACGACAAGGCAAAGAUCGACCUGGUGCUCAUUGGCUCAAAGGUAAACCUGAAAGACUUCUGGGAAAGUGGAGAGUGGGAGAUCAUCGAUGCACCGGGAUACAAGCAUGACAUCAAGUAUAACUGCUGUGAGGAGAUCUACCCAGACAUCACCUACUCCUUCUACAUCCGCCGCCUGCCGCUCUUCUACACCAUCAACCUCAUCAUCCCCUGCCUCCUCAUCUCCUUCCUCACAGUGUUGGUGUUCUACCUCCCGUCUGACUGUGGCGAGAAGGUCACCCUGUGCAUCUCCGUCCUCCUCUCCCUCACUGUGUUCCUGCUGGUCAUCACCGAGACCAUCCCGUCAACGUCACUUGUCAUCCCUCUGAUCGGCGAGUACCUCCUGUUUACCAUGAUUUUUGUCACGCUCAGCAUCGUCAUCACUGUCUUUGUGCUGAACGUCCACUACCGCACCCCUAUGACUCACACAAUGCCAGAGUGGGUCAGGGCUGUGUUCCUUGGGGUGCUGCCCAGGGUGAUGCUGAUGAGGCGUCCUAUCGACCAGGGCUGCUCCUCCCCUGCUAUUACAGCAGGAACAGGAGGAGGAGGAGGAGGAGGAGGGAGCAGCGGAGGAAAAAAGAAGAGAAAGAAUAGCAUAGGAGGAGGAAGUGGCACAGGAGGUGUCAGUGUUGGAGGUAUAACGGGGGGUGUAGCCUGUCCACCGCUGGAUGGUGGUGCGGGGGGAGGAGGGGCCUCCUCAGCUGGUGGCUCCAUGAACUGUGUGGAGUAUGGCGAGAUGAACCGGGAUAUGAACAGGAGGUGCCCCUACAGAGGCAAGGAGGUGCCGACUCCUGUCCCUCCCCCGAUGGUGCCCCCUCCUCCUCCCCAGGCACCCCAGGCACCCCAGACCCAGGGACCCCAGGAAUCGGGGCCGCCCAAGGUUCCGAGGCCUCUGAAUGCCCCGUCGCCUGUCAACGCUGUUGUUGCCUUCUCUGUGGUGUCACCAGAGAUCAAGCAGGCCAUCGAGAGCGUGAAGUACAUUGCGGAGAACAUGAGAACUCGCAACAAAGCCAAAGAGGUGGAGGAUGACUGGAAGUACGUCGCCAUGGUCAUCGACAGGAUCUUCCUGUGGGUUUUUGUGACAGUGUGUGUGCUGGGAACUCUGGGACUUUUCCUCCAGCCGCUCAUCAGCUUCUUUAAAUGACACAUUUGUCUUUGUCCUGCCUCUUUCUCUCUCUCUUUGUCUACUUCUGUCUGUCUGUGUAACCCACUUAAAUUAGUAUGGGAAUUAUUCUUCCUGCAGCUCUUUCACAUCAAACUCUGGGCUGUCGUCUUUCUCCAUUUCUGCCUCUUGCUCUUCUCUGGGAUUCCAUCAUCAUCCAUCAUUUCUAGCCCUCAGCUGUCCGUUUCCUCACAUGACUUACCCACAUAUCCCCGUCCCUCCCUUUUCUUGGCCUUUCAGUGUGCAUGCAGUGUUGUUAUCCAGUCUUCUAUUCUCCAUUGCUGUUUUAUUUUCCCAGACAUGAUUAUCACAUCUGCUCUCCUCUUCUUCCCGUUUUUCCUCCUCUCCUGUGCCAUGGUUUGACUUGCCGCUACCUACAGCUUAUCUCUUCACGGCCGUCUUCUGUCUGCCGUUGUGCCCAUUAUUCUCUGCAUUCUCAUUGUUAUUGUCCUGUCUUAUACAAUGUUUAACAUUGUCGGGUAAUUGCUUAAGUAAUUAUCAUCAUAAUUACUGUAGAAGAACCUCUUAAGAUACGAAUCACUAAGAAAGAGUGACCUGACUACCUGUGAGUGUUGCAAUAAAAUUCUUUCGUCAUAAGUCAGUGCAAUAAAUACAAUAUACUUUUGAGAAAUGUGGACCAGUAUGUCCCUCUAAAAUUUCUAAAUUAAAGAAUACUUAACUAUUUUUUGACAGCUGGUAAUCAUAUGUACAACCUUAUGAUGUAAAGGACAUUUGAUGGUGCCACAUGUUUUUCAGAAUGAUUUUGUUGAUGUCAAACACCUGCAAUCAUCUCUAUGUUUCCCUGUACAUACCUAUGUCAAAUAUAAGUGAGUUAUGCAUGACUUCUGAAAAGGACACCGGCUAUGGCUGUACACAAUCGAUGAUGACGUGUUUUCCACAUGUGGUCAAACUACAUAUACUUAUGCACCGCACAUAAAUUCACAACAUCAGUGCAAACUUAAAAUAAUUUGCACAAUGUAGAUUUAACUUGUAAAAAGACUUGAAAAUGGCCAAACUGUCCCAAGUCAUUUCUAAUAAUAAAGAACUUCCUGGACUCAAACUCCGUCUGGAAUUUACAUCAUCUCCUUGUGAUCUCUGUGCGUGUUUCCUCCAGUGCUACGGUUCUCUCACACAAUAUAAAGAUAUAAAGGUGAGGUGUAAUGGAGACUCUGAA